GCUCAGGUUGUGUGUGUGUGUGUGUGUGUGGAGGAAGUAUCUGUGUGUGUUCUUGUGGAUCACUGAACGGGUUUUUAGAUCGAAGUGUUUAAAACGGAAACAGCUCCGUCUUUUUACCGGGAAAUCUUCCGCUCUCACCGGGAAUAACCGGGAUAAGGAUCGGUGCUGACGUUUGAAACUACACCGAGCGAACUGACCGAAACUCGACCGGGACACCUGCUUGUUCCGGGGAACACCUGUCCGCCUGUACCGGGGGGAAUGCGGUCUGAAGUCUUACCUGGUUCGGACAGAAACACCUGGUUUGGGUUAUAAAGGACUGUUAAUGGGAGCAACAACAGCACGAUCGUUAUAGUUUGAUCGUUCGGGGAGGGGACACGAUGUCUGUGAACGAGCUGUACACAAAGUACACGCGGGUGUGGAUCCCGGACGCUGACGAUGUGUGGAAAGCUGCAGAGAUCGUCAAAGACUACAAAGAUGGAGAUCCUGUUCUUCACCUCAAACUGGAGGAUGAGAUGCCUCUGGAGUACGCGGUGGGUCCUAAGUCGAACCCGCUCCCGUUCCUUCGUAAUCCGGACAUCCUGGUGGGAGAGAAUGACCUGACGGCGCUCAGUUACCUGCACGAGCCCGCUGUCCUGCACAACCUCAGGGUUCGAUUCAUCGAGUCCAACCACAUCUACACGUACUGCGGCAUUGUGCUGGUGGCCAUCAACCCGUACGAGCAGCUGCAGAUUUAUGGUGAGGAGGUGAUCGAGGCGUACAGCGGGCAGAACAUGGGUGACAUGGACCCUCACAUCUUCGCUGUGGCUGAGGAGGCGUACAAACAGAUGGCCAGAGACGAGAGGAAUCAGUCGAUCAUCGUUAGCGGAGAAUCCGGAGCAGGAAAGACGGUUUCUGCAAAGUACGCCAUGAGGUUCUUCGCCACGGUGGGAGGCUCAGCGAAUGACGCCAACGUGGAGGAGAAGGUGCUCGCCUCCAGCCCCAUCAUGGAGGCGAUAGGAAACGCUAAAACCACAAGAAACGACAACAGCAGUCGUUUUGGAAAAUACAUCCAGAUUGGAUUCAGCCGACAAUACCACAUCAUUGGCGCCAACAUGAGAACCUACCUGCUGGAGAAGUCUCGAGUCGUGUUUCAGGCGGUGGACGAGAGGAACUAUCACAUCUUCUACCAGCUGUGUGCUUCAGCCAGUUUACCUGAGUUCAAAGACCUGGGCCUCACCAGUGCCGAAGAUUUCACCUUCACAUCUCUGGGCGAGAACAUCUUCAUCGAGGGAGUGAACGAUGCAGAAGACUUCAAAAAGACCAGAGAAGCCUUCACUCUGCUGGGUGUGAAGGAGAGCAGUCAGAUCAGCAUCUUUAAGGUGGUCGCCUCCAUCCUUCAUCUUGGAAAUGUUGAGAUCUGCUCCGAGCGAGAUGGAGAGUCCUGCCACAUCUCAAGGGACGACCCCCAUCUGCAGCACUUCUGCAGGCUGCUGGGGGUGGAGCAGAAGCAGAUGGAGCACUGGCUCUGUCACAGGAAGUUGGCGACCAGCGCUGAGACGUACGUGAAGAAGAUGUCGAGCAAACAGGCGACAAAUGCCUGCAACGCGCUCGCCAAACACAUCUACGCCCGAAUGUUCGACUGGAUCGUGGAACACAUCAACAUGUCGCUGCAGACCUCGUCCAAGCAGCACUCGUUUAUCGGCGUCCUCGACAUCUAUGGGUUUGAGACAUUCGAGGUGAACAGUUUUGAGCAGUUCUGCAUUAACUAUGCUAAUGAGAAGCUCCAGCAGCAGUUUAACUCUCACGUGUUUAAGCUUGAGCAGGAGGAGUACAUGAAGGAGCAGAUCCCCUGGACUCUCAUAGACUUUUAUGAUAAUCAGCCUUGCAUCGACCUGAUUGAGGCUCGACUCGGCAUCCUGGACCUGCUCGACGAAGAGUGUAAAGUGCCGAAGGGGACAGAACAGAACUGGGCCCAGAAGCUCUACAAGCAGCACUCCAGCAGCGCUCACUUCCAGAAACCUCGAAUGUCCAACAUCUCCUUCAUCAUCAUUCACUUCGCUGACAUGGUGGAGUAUCAGUGUGAAGGUUUCCUGGAGAAGAACAGAGACACGGUGUACGAUGAACAGAUCAACAUCCUGAAGGCCAGUCAGUUCCAGCUGGUAGCUGAUCUGUUCCACGAGAAGGAUGAUGCCGCCCCCUCGAAGUCGUCCAGAGUGAACGUCCGAGCGGCGAAGAGCGUCCCCAAGGCGCCCAACAGAGAGCACAGGAAGACGGUGGGACACCAGUUCCGCAGCUCCCUGCACCUCCUCAUGGAGACUCUGAACGCCACCACGCCUCACUACGUCCGCUGCAUCAAACCCAACGACGAAAAAGAGGCCUUCUCGUUCGACUCGAGGCGAGCCGUGCAGCAACUUCGAGCCUGUGGCGUCCUGGAGACCAUCCGGAUCAGUGCAGCCGGGUACCCGUCCAGGUGGACGUACCCAGACUUCUUCAGCAGGUAUCGAGUUCUGCUGAAGAAAUCCGACAUGAUGUUAUCAGACAAGAAGCAGGUGUGUCGAAACCUGCUGGAGACUCUGAUCAAGGAGCCCGACAUGUUCCAGUUUGGAAAGACCAAGAUCUUCUUCCGGGCGGGGCAGGUGGCGUACCUGGAGAAGCUCCGGACCGAUAAGUUCCGCGCGGCUUGCAUCAAGAUCCAGAAGACGGUCCGAGGGUGGCUGCAGAGGGUUCGAUACCGCAAGAUCCGAAAGUCCGCCAUCACCAUACAGAGAUACGGCCGAGGAUACCUGGCCCGCAGGUACGCAGAGUUCCUGCGUCUCAGUCGAGCGGCGCUCAUCUGUCAGAAACAGUACCGCAUGGUGAGAGACAGACGGGCGUUCCUGAGGGUGAGACAGGCCGUGGUGACCAUCCAGGCCUACAGCCGAGGGAUGUACACACGCAGGAUAUUCAAGGAGUUCCUCCUGCACCACAAAGCGAUGAUCAUCCAGCGCAGCGUUCGCGGCUGGUUGGCGAGGAAGAAGUUCCAGCGAGCGCGUAACGCCGCCGUCAUCAUCCAGUGUGCGUUCAGACGAACGCGGGCGAAGAAGCAGCUGCAGCAGCUAAAGAUCGAGGCCCGCUCCGCCCAACAUCUGAAGAACCUCAACUCAGGCAUGGAGAACAAGAUCGUACAGCUGCAGAGGAAGAUGGACGAUCAGUCCAAAGGGUACCGCAAUCAGAACGAGCAGCUAGUGCAACAGAACUCCGGCCUGGGCCUGGAGGUGAACAAGCUGCAGAAACAGCUGGAGCUGAUGAAGAGUCAGCAGGUAGAAGGAGGCCAGCUGCUGUCUCUGCAGGAGGAGCUGGAGAGGCUGAGGGAGGAGCUGAAGGACACCAACGCUGAGCGGAAGAGGAUGGAGGAGGAGCACGGCUCGGAGAAACUCACGCUCCAACAGAGGGUGAAGGAGCUGGAGACAGAAAACGGUCUCCUGAAGAGCGAGAAGGAGGAGCUUAACCAGAGGAUCCUGCAGCACUCACAGAGCUCUGAAGUGGACGGCAGCAAUGCGUCUCAGAGGGAGGCGUCUCUGCAGACCGAGCUGGAUGCGGAGCGUCAGCGUUACCAGAACCUCCUCAAAGAGUUCUCCAGGCUGGAGCAGAGAUACGACAACCUGAAGGAGGAAGAGUCUCUGAGCAAGUUCCAGCCUGGCCACAGGAGGAACCCGUCCAAUCAGAGCAGCCUGGAGUCGGACUCCAACUACACGUCCAUCUCCACCUCGGAGGUGGGAGACACAGAGGACGCCAUCCAGCUGGUGGAGGAGAUGGGCGUGGAGAAGGCAGCGAUGGACAUCAGUCUGUUCAUGAAGCUGCAGAAGAGAGUGAGAGAGCUGGAGACGGAGAGGAAGAGGCUGCAGCUCAGCGUGGACAAGAUGGAGGAGCUCAACAAGCGCAAGAGCUCUGAGUCGAGGAGUCCCACCUCUGAGCAGGAGAAAGCAGACUACGCUUACAACAACCUGAAGAGACAGGAGCUGGAAACCGAGAACAAGAAGCUGAAGAACGACCUGAACGCGCUGAGUAAGGCCGUCGCUGAGCGUGCGUCUCAGAACAACUCGUCCAGUGAGCUGCAGGACAGCUACAACCUGCUGCUCAGUCAGCUCAAAUCAGCCAAUGAGGAGCUGGACGCGCGCAAGGAGGAGGUGCUUAUUCUGAGGACGCAGAUCGUCAGCACGGCGCAGCUGCUGGAGAAGAAUGACCUUAUAGACAGUGAUAACGUUCCCGAGGUGAAUAACAGUAAGGAGCCUGUGGACAAAGAGGAGGCGGUCAAAGCGUAUCAAGGCCUCGUCUCUCAGCAGGACUGGGGCUCUCUGAAUGAAGAUGGAGAGCUGGCUUUGGCUUACCAAGGCCUCAAACAAGUGGCCAGGCUGCUGGAGGCUCAGCUGCAGUCUCAGGCUCGGAAGCACAAAGACGAGCUCGAGGCUCUUCACACUCAGAACGAGCUGCUGAAAGACGACAUCGAGAAGAAGCAGGAGAUCAUCAACUCCUACUCCUCGCUGUCCCCAGAGGCCCAGGUGGAGUACAGCAUUCAGCAGGAGAUCACCAGACUCACCAACGACAACCUGGACCUGAAGGAGCUGGUGGAGAAACUGGAGAAGAACGAGAGGAAGCUGAAGAAACAGCUGAGGAUCUACAUGAAGAAAGUCCAGGAGUUAGAAGCAGCCCAGGCUGCGGCUCAGUCCAGCCGGCCGAGGCCGGAGCUGAGUCGUCAGGUGACGGUCCAGAGAAAGGAGAAGGACUUUGAGGGGAUGUUGGAGUACUACAAAGAGGACGAGGCCCUGCUGCUCAAAACGCUGAUCUCAGACAUCAGGCCCAACACGGUGUCGGCCACAGUUCCCUGUCUUCCUGCUUAUAUCCUCUUUAUGUGUAUCCGUCAUGCCGACUACAUCAACGACGACCAGAAGGUGGAGUCUCUUCUCACCUCCACCAUCAACGCCAUCAAGAAGGUCCUGAAGAAAAACAACGAUGACUUUGAGAUGACGUCCUUCUGGCUGGCCAACACCAGCCGCCUGCUGCACUGUCUGAAGCAGUACAGUGGAGACGAGGCGUUCAUGACGCAGAACACAAGCAAACAGAACGAACACUGUCUGAAGAACUUUGACCUGGCAGAGUACCGACAGGUGCUCAGUGACCUCUCCAUCCAGAUCUACCAGCAGCUCAUCAAGGUGGCCGAGGGCAUCAUCCAGCCCAUGACUGUGUCGGCCAUGUUGGAGAGCGAGAGCAUCCCAAGCCUGGCGGGGGUCAAACCGAUGGGCUACAGAAACCGUUCGUCUAGCAUGGACCUGGAUGCAGGCGGCCCCACCAGCUACACUCUGGAGACUCUCAUCCGACAGCUGGGUCAGUUCCACAGCAUCAUGAGGGACCACGGCCUGGACCCCGAGAUCGUGGGUCAGGUGGUCCGACAGCUCUUCCACUGCAUCAACGCCGUCACGCUCAACAACCUGCUGCUACGCAAAGACGUGUGCUCGUGGAGCGCUGGCAUGCAGCUCAGGUACAACACCAGUCAGAUGGAGGAGUGGCUCAGAGCAAACAACCUUUAUCAGAGUAAAGCUGCGGCCACUCUGGAGCCGAUCAUCCAGGCCGCUCAGCUUCUGCAGGUUAAAAAGAAGACGACUCAGGACGCCGAGGCCAUCUGCUCGCUCUGCACCUCCCUCACCACUCAGCAGAUUGUAAAGAUCUUAAACCUGUACACGCCUCUCAACGAGUUUGAGGAGAGAGUCACCGUGUCCUUCAUCAGGAACAUCCAGAACAACCUACAGGAGAGGAACGACCCUCCUCAGCUCCUGCUGGACACCAAGCAGCAGUUCCCCGUGCUCUUCCCAUACACGCCGUCCGCCCUGAGCCUGGAGACGCUGCACAUCCCCGCCACGCUCAGACUCGACUUUCUUACCAGAGUGUGAUGAACCUGCUCCUCACACACCUGAACCUGCUCCUCAGCUCACCUGAACCUGCUCCUCAAAGACCUGAACCUGCUCCCCAACUCACCUGAACCUGCUCCUCAAAGACCUGAACCU